GUCGAGCCACGGGCGCGCACAGGGUUUGACCAGUUGCUUUAACACUAUUCAAUUUAUACUAUUAGCAUUUUAUUGGGGCUAGGCAGCUGCUCACACAGCGGUUGUUGCUCGCCGACACCAGAGAAACAAUAGCUGUGUGUGCAUCCGCUGCUGCUACCGCCCCUGAUAUUAGCAAUGAUUUGUGGAGCGCAUAGCACUGCGCAUUUGGGCAGCGCGCGUGCGCAGUGCUUCGGUGCAAAGCGCUUGGCAUGCCGUGUCAUACGCGCGUGUAGCUCGGCUCGCAACCCGCAGCCGCUGGCGGACAUGGAAUCAGCAGCGCGUGAAGAUGUAGGAGCAAACGCGACCAACGGUUUCCUCGCACGGCGCUCAGUUCUGGCGUUAGGGGGCAUCCUCGGGGCAACCACAUGGUUGGGCUCGCCCGCCCUCGCGGAGGAUUCAGUGGUCAACGAACCCGCCGCUCUGAAGGCCAAGUUGGAGGCGCAGUACAAGCUGUGGGCGGCCAAGCAGUAUGACGCAUGGCUAGCCACCCAGGGCGGCGCGGGCCUCAAAUGGCAGAGCAGCUACGCAGGCGUGCCACUGAAGCUCAAGGGCAAGGAGGGCGCCGCGCAGUACUUUGCAACGCUGAACGCUGAUCUCGACAUCCAGAGCUACAAGCCGUUGGCCAUCUUCGUGGACAACGACGGCGACGAGGCGACGGUGGUGGUGGAGCUGGCAGGCGCCAGCCGCCGCACCAAAGCGCCCUUCAAGACCGUUGUCCUGCACAGCUACACCAUCGGGCCUAACUUCCAGGUGCUGAAGUUCAAGGAGCAGACGGACACACAGCUGCUGGCGGCGCUGGUGCCGGCGGCGGCGGGCGGGCCUGGGGCGGCGGAGCUCGAGGGCGGGUCGUCGCCAGCACCGCCUGGCCCCGCGGCCCGCACGGCUUGAGCAGUUAUGACAACGCGGAGACUGGUGACAUUGGAGGGGGCAUAGGCGACCGUCACAGGUGGGGCGGCGAGGCGCAGGAGGGCGGGAGCGCUGGCGCCUGUGGGGUUUCUGAGCAUUUAGGCCACUGCGCGGGGAACUGCAUUCAGGUCGGGUGCAAUAAGGCUCCAAGCGGCGUCAGCCAUACUGUGUGCGUGUGCGGCCCGCGUUUGCGCCGUAUUUUAUUGCGUCAUUGGGAAUGGCACGUGUUGAAGUCAGCGGGUUUCGGCUCUUGAGGAAGAGAGGGAGCGGUGUGGGUUAGGGCCUUGUUGCGGCGGGCGAAAGUAGGGUUCGACUUUGAGUUCGCGUCGCGAGAAGUCCUGACGAGCUCAAGCUUGAAUCGAACACAAGAACGGGCCACCUUCGUGGUUUUACCGAGGUUGGUCGAGUUGCGAUCGAGAUCGAGGUUGGCGAGGAGUCGAGGACCCGCGGGGCUGCACGGGCUCACCUUGGGAGACGGCGCCGCGGAGCUCGAUGGCUGGCCUGCGCUGUAUAUAAAGCUCGCAAUA